CUGUUAAAACUACAUCUCCACCAAAAGCCACCACAGAAGAAGUCAGUGAAACCACCUUGGUUUCUACUGUGACAAAGGUGACGACUGGACCCUCAUUCACAACUGAAGAGGUGAAAACUACCACUAUUACUACUCCUGCUGGAGAACGGCUGACCACCACUACAUCCUUACCGCUUGUGUCAACCACGCCAGGAUACUGCCUUGAGCCAAUGGACGAAGAAGAAGGACUGGAAGCAAGCCGCACCGCUGACGGCAACUCCAGUUUUGAUGUCUUGACUGGUUUGUGGACUGUAGCAACACCUGUUACGGACAAUAGAAAGACGACACCAAAACUUCUUUCUGAAUAUACCAGACCGUCAGUCGUCAAGGGAAUCAGUUUGAAAUAUGUGACAGACAUCGCCGAAGGCUUGCCAAAGGAACCUCUUGAAGUCAGUUUUAUCCUUUCCUCAAGGGGUCCAGGAGAUGAAAAGUUCACUGAAGUUGCUGAUCCAAAGACAAAAGAAGCAGUUAAGAAUGUGACACUUCAGUUGGAUGUUCCAGUGAUGUUCCUGCUCCCUGAAACUGCUCCUUUACAAGAUGUGACAAGCAUUCGUGUUGAACUAGUAGGGGUUUCCAGUACCAAUAAAACAACACUAGAUGUGGACAUUCUUGGCUGUUCAAAGGAAGUUUCAACAACUUUGAGAGGGCCAGUCAGGGACCAGAUUAAGACAACCUUACCCACCAAGGUCAAAGUAACUACAGUAAAUGUUGUGACUUCACCUGUUGGGAUAACCACUGAGGAAACAACAACUGUUAAAACUACAUCUCCACCAAAAGCCACCACAGAAGAAGUCAGUGAAACCACCUUGGUUUCUACUGUGACAAAGGUGACGACUGGACCCUCAUUCACAACUGAAGAGGUGAAAACUACCACUAUUACUACUCCUGCUGGAGAACGGCUGACCACCACUACAUCCUUACCGCUUGUGUCAACCACGCCAGGAUACUGCCUUGAGCCAAUGGACGAAGAAGAAGGACUGGAAGCAAGCCGCACCGCUGACGGCAACUCCAGUUUUGAUGUCUUGACUGGUUUGUGGACUGUAGCAACACCUGUUACGGACAAUAGAAAGACGACACCAAAACUGCUUUCUGAAUAUACCAGACCGUCAGUCGUCAAGGGAAUCAGUUUGAAAUAUGUGACAGACAUCGCCGAAGGCUUGCCAAAGGAACCUCUUGAAGUCAGUUUUAUCCUUUCCUCAAGGGGUCCAGGAGAUGAAAAGUUCACUGAAGUUGCUGAUCCAAAGACAAAAGAAGCAGUUAAGAAUGUGACACUUCAGUUGGAUGUUCCAGUGAUGUUCCUGCUCCCUGAAACUGCUCCUUUACAAGAUGUGACAAGCAUUCGUGUUGAACUAGUAGGGGUUUCCAGUACCAAUAAAACAACAUUAGAUGUGGACAUUCUUGGCUGUUCAAAGGAAGUUUCAACAACUUUGAGAGGGCCAGUCAGGGACCAGAUGAAGACAACCUUACCCACCAAGGUCAAAGUAACUACAGUAAAUGUUGUGACUUCACCUGUUGGGAUAACCACUGAGGAAACAACAACUGUUAAAACUACAUCUCCACCAAAAGCCACCACAGAAGAAGUCAGUGAAACCACCUUGGUUUCUACUGUGACAAAGGUGACGACUGGACCCUCAUUCACAACUGAAGAGGUGAAAACUACCACUAUUACUACUCCUGCUGGAGAACGGCUGACCACCACUACAUCCUUACCGCUUGUGUCAACCACGCCAGGAUACUGCCUUGAGCCAAUGGACGAAGAAGAAGGACUGGAAGCAAGCCGCACCGCUGACGGCAACUCCAGUUUUGAUGUCUUGACUGGUUUGUGGACUGUAGCAACACCUGUUACGGACAAUAGAAAGACGACACCAAAACUUCUUUCUGAAUAUACCAGACCGUCAGUCGUCAAGGGAAUCAGUUUGAAAUAUGUGACAGACAUCGCCGAAGGCUUGCCAAAGGAACCUCUUGAAGUCAGUUUUAUCCUUUCCUCAAGGGGUCCAGGAGAUGAAAAGUUCACUGAAGUUGCUGAUCCAAAGACAAAAGAAGCAGUUAAGAAUGUGACACUUCAGUUGGAUGUUCCAGUGAUGUUCCUGCUCCCUGAAACUGCUCCUUUACAAGAUGUGACAAGCAUUCGUGUUGAACUAGUAGGGGUUUCCAGUACCAAUAAAACAACAUUAGAUGUGGACAUUCUUGGCUGUUCAAAGGAAGUUUCAACAACAUCGAGAGGGCCAGUCAGGGACCAGAUGAAGACAACCUUACCCAGCAAGGUCAAAGUAACUACAGUAAAUGUUGUGACUUCACCUGUUGGGAUAACCACUGAGGAAACAACAACUGUUAAAACUACAUCUCCACCAAAAGCCACCACAGAAGAAGUCAGUGAAACCACCUUGGUUUCUACUGUGACAAAGGUGACGACUGGACCCUCAUUCACAACUGAAGAGGUGAAAACUACCACUAUUACUACUCCUGCUGGAGAACGGCUGACCACCACUACAUCCUUACCGCUUGUGUCAACCACGCCAGGAUACUGCCUUGAGCCAAUGGACGAAGAAGAAGGACUGGAAGCAAGCCGCACCGCUGACGGCAACUCCAGUUUUGAUGUCUUGACUGGUUUGUGGACUGUAGCAACACCUGUUACGGACAAUAGAAAGACGACACCAAAACUGCUUUCUGAAUAUACCAGACCGUCAGUCGUCAAGGGAAUCAGUUUGAAAUAUGUGACAGACAUCGCCGAAGGCUUGCCAAAGGAACCUCUUGAAGUCAGUUUUAUCCUUUCCUCAAGGGGUCCAGGAGAUGAAAAGUUCACUGAAGUUGCUGAUCCAAAGACAAAAGAAGCAGUUAAGAAUGUGACACUUCAGUUGGAUGUUCCAGUGAUGUUCCUGCUCCCUGAAACUGCUCCUUUACAAGAUGUGACAAGCAUUCGUGUUGAACUAGUAGGGGUUUCCAGUACCAAUAAAACAACAUUAGAUGUGGACAUUCUUGGCUGUUCAAAGGAAGUUUCAACAACAACCAGAGGGCCUGUCAGGGACCAGAUGAAGACAACCUUACCCAGCAAGGUCAAAGUAACUACAGUAAAUGUUGUGACUUCACCUGUUGGGAUAACCACUGAGGAAACAACAACUGUUAAAACUACAUCUCCACCAAAAGCCACCACAGAAGAACUGCCUCGUCUUGGUUGGGCUCUUUGGUCAGAGUGGUCUUCUUGUACCUUUACUUGUGGAAACGGACAGAUGCUAAGAUCUCGUUUAUGCCAGAAUCAAUUAAAUCAAGAGGAAUGUGAAGGAGGAGUGGAGAAAGGGACUGAGAUUAAACCAUGUAACACAGACCCUUGUCCUGUGAAUGGAAAUUGGACUAGCUGGACCUUAUGGUCAGAGUGUGAUAGAUCAUGUGGUGGAGGAACUCAGUAUAGAUCAAGACGUUGUUCUAAUCCACUUCCUAAGAAUGGUGGAUUACCCUGUGGAGAUACUAAGGAACAACUUGAGACGUUGAUGUGUAACACACAACCUUGUAACGAACCAUGUGGUAGGGGUAGCAUCUUUGAUGACUGCAAUCUUUUUAAGAAACCACAAUCCAUGCCAAGAAGCUGCCUGGAGUUAAGUAGUCAGAUGUCAAAUAUGAAUUCAACUGAGUGUACUCCAAGUUGUCGUUGUGAAGAAGGCAGAGUGUUCAAUAAUGACUUGGAAUGUAUCCAGCCAAGUGAAUGUUCCUGUUUUAUGGACGGUCAGCUUUACCUACCUGGAGAGACUGUCAUCAAGAAGAAGGAAUGUCAAAUCUGUGAGUGUCAACAUGGACGAAUGGAAUGCAAAGACACACCCUGUGAUGGCGACUGGAGUGGAUGGACUGUAUGGAGUCAGUGUGACAAGACCUGUGGCUGGGGUACCAGACUAAGGUUUAGAUCCUGUACUAACCCCGCUCCCCGUAAUGGCGGGAGGGACUGCCCUGAUGACGGGAGCAUGGAGAGUAGAAGCUGCAGUGAGAUGGCAUGUAAAGUUGAUGGACAACCAGGUCCCUGGGGACGUUGGAGUUCUUGUACUGCAACGUGUGGUGCAGGAACACAGCACAGGAAACGUGAUUGUAACAAUCCCAUGCCACAGAAUGGUGGUGAAGAUUGUGCAAGAGAACCGAUGCAGGAGACAAGACCAUGUGCUCUGGACAAAUGUCUUAAUGGUUGUGGUCCAGGAAUGGAGUUGAUUCCAUGUGGAAGUACGUGUCAACCCCUUCACUGUCAGCAACUUUCAAUCCAAGCGGAUUGUAUCGAUGAAGAGUGUCAUUCACUCUGUAGAUGUAAAGAUGGCCGCUUCUUACAAAAUGGCCGAUGUGUUAAACCACAAGAGUGUCAGUGUAUGGUUGAUAUGGGAGGAGAGGUUUUGCAGGAGUUGAUGCUGAUGGAAUCGGUGACAAUCAAUUGCAAGGAAUGCUUGUGCAUGAAUGGUGUCUUGAACUGUGUUGAGAAGCAUAACUGCGCAGUGAAUGGUAACUUCAGUGAUUGGUCACCAUGGGAACCGUGCGAUCACACCUGUGGGGUUGGAUUUCAUACAAGACGCCGUUCAUGCUCAAACCCUCCACCUAGAAAUGGAGGGAAGCGUUGUCUUGGAGCUGAUCAACAAAGAUUGCCUUGUUCGGAUCUAAAGCCCUGUCCAGGAGCUCUAUCAUCAAUAGCGCCCUCAUGUGUUGCUUUUGGAAAUUGUAGCAAAGAUUGCACAUGGAAUCUAUGGAGUGACUGGUCAUCAUGUACACGUAGCUGUGGGUUGGGUCUAGAGAGACGGACACGGUCAUACAACCCAGCUGAACAUGGUGGCAGAGACUGUCAUAAUAAGAAUGAUACAAGAGAAACUAGACCAUGUAGUAUUAAAGCUUGUCCAGUAAAUGGAGGCUUUUCAGUUUGGAGUCCUUGGACAGCCUGCAGUAAAUCAUGUGAGGGUGGACAGACUAUACGAACAAGGAAUUGUAACACACCAACUCCAAAGAACAAUGGUGCAAUGUGCAGUGGAUUCUCAAAGGAAACAAAGACUUGUAAUACUCAACCAUGUGGAUCAACAUGUCCAGCUGGAAAGGUCUACAGUAUAAUAAACGGUAAUCCCUGUCCAUCCCACUGUGCUCAACUUCAACGAGGAACAGUCUGUAGUGAUCUGGAGCAACGUCAACCAGGAUGUAGAUGUAGAAAUGGCCAUCUUGAAGAUGAAGAUGGGAAAUGUAUACCAAGAGAAAGAUGUGAAUGUGUGGAUGAAGAGGGCAAGAUAUGGCCUGCAAACUCACAAUACGAUAUCAAAUGCAAUACAUGUGUUUGCAGAGGUGGACAGAUCACCUGUACUGAGAGAGACUGCCCAGUAGACUGUGGAUUUAGUGCUUGGUCAAUAUGGAGUAGCUGUCAACAGACGUGUGGAGAGGCUGCUGUCAAAACAAGAUUCAGAUCUUCAAAUAAUCCCCCAGCAUCUGAAGGUGGAGAAGCUUGUCACGGAGUAACCAGGGAAGAUACUCCUUGUGGUCUUAAACCAUGUCCGCUAUUCUGUUCAUCAGACGGUAAGAUGUACGCUGAAGGAGAAGUUAUGUCUGAUGAUGGUUGCAAUACAUGUACUUGUCAGCUAGGCCAUCCAUCCUGUACAAACCAUACAUGCAUUGCUGACCCUAACCCACAGUGGUCUCCGUGGUCCUCUUGUGAUGUCACUUGUGGAAAUGAAGGACGUAUGGUUCGAUCAAGAGCUUGUACCUCUAAGGAUGCCAAGAAUGACCCAAGCUGUGUGGACGGAGUCAAGAUGGACACCAAGAAAUGUGGAUUACUACCUUGUCCAGAGGAUGGUAAUUGGUGUGCUUGGAGCCCAUGGUCAACUUGCACAACAUCUUGUGGUGUUGGAGAGACAACAAGAAGUAGAGAAUGUAUGUGUAAUGAAGCAAUGAAUGGUGGCAAAGAUUGCCAAGGCAAAGGGGAAGAGACAAAGGGAUGCUUCACUAAGGCAUGUCCAGUUAAUUGUGCUUGGGAUAAAUGGAGUUCAUGGUCAGAAUGUUCUAAGACUUGUGGUACGGCUGAGCAGAUCUCAAUACGGAAGAGAACAAGAGCUGAGAAUGGAGGCAAGGAAUGUGUAGGAGCAGGAAUGAGGACCAAGAUGUGUAACUUACCUCCUUGCUCAGGAUCAUGUCCAGCUCCAUUUGUAAAUCGAGGGUGUGCUACUACAUGCCCAAGGAGCUGUGUAGAUUUGAGCAAGAAUUCAGAAUGUCUUAUACCUAAGAGAUGUGAAGGAGGAUGCACCUGCCCAGGGGAUUCUUUGUUACAAGGAUCUGAUUGUGUCAAACCAUCUGAAUGUCGAUGUACCAUUACAAAGUCAGAUCUUAAAGGGAUUCCAGCGUCAUCUUAUGGGUCAUUUAUAAAACCAAUCAGUAUUUCUGGUCUUUUUGAGAUGAGUGCUGGAAAUGUUAUAGAAUCAGAUUGUAGUAAAUGUGAGUGUAUUGUUGGACGAUUGGAGUGUACCAACAAACGCUGUAAAGAAUCAGGAGGCUGGAGUGAAUGGUCACAAUGGGUGGGAUGUUCAGAGACUUGUAGUGAUGAACCCGUAUCCAAGCAACGAUUCCGAUCAUGCAGUAAUCCUAAACCUAAUACUGCUAUGUUUACUGGUAGCAGUGGUUGCCAUGGUGAAGCUGUAGAGGAAAGGAUAUGUGAGGAUGUGAACCCAUGCCCAGUUGACUGUGAGUAUGGACCAUGGCUGGAAUGGAGCGGUUGUAAUGCACCAUGUAGUGGUGGAAGUCGACUGCGUAAACGUGAUAUAAUAACUCCAGCUCAAUAUGGUGGACGGCAAUGUGAAGAAAAGUCUUUGCAAUCACAACCAUGUAAUGUGGAGCCGUGUCCAGGUUUAUCCUGUGCAGAGAUGGGUAUGAUACAAGAUGAGUUUGCCACAAGAUGUCCUCUAACCUGUCAAGAUGUCUCUCUUCAAUGUAUCCAACCAUCUUGUCAGACAGGAUGUCGUUGCCGAGAUGGGGAGUAUCUUCAAGAUGGUCACUGCAUCCCAAGAGAGGAAUGUAACUGUAUGCUAGAUAUGGCUGAUAUUGUUCAAAGAAAUCAGAAGUAUUUGAAGAUGUUGUCUAUGGAUGCAGUUGGCUUGAUGCUUCGAACGACGCCCCAACCACCACCGCCAGCGCUCUAUCAAGCAACCUGCAAUCAGCCGAUUCCACUACCUCCAACUGCUCCUGAAUCUCUUGACUUCAUUAGUUGGCCGUACUACAGCGCCAUCUAUGGUUGGCAUGGUGACCUUUUGACCUUAGUAUUCAAAGAGGUCAAUCAUAUCACUGGGGUCAAGGUACUCGGUGGUGGUGCUCGGAGUAGAGACUAUCUUGAGAGAUUCGUCUUGUUGUAUGAGGAGGAGGAGACUAAGAUUCUGAGACCGAUCUUAUCACAUGAUGCCAUCACUCCAAUGAUCUUCCAAGGUAACACUGAUGCUGUUUCCAUCGUUGAGAUACCUCUACCCUAUGGAGGUGUUAAGACUAGGGUCUUGACUCUUCUUCCAAUCAUUUCUUCUGGAGAUGACUUCAAGCUGCGUCUACAACUCUUAAGCUGCCCAAAUGAUGGAGCGAGUCAAGAUGCUCAUCAGCCCUCAUCCAUCAAGCGAGACAAACUGAUUCCAUCAAUGUCUAUUCAAGUUGAAUCAGCAACACCUCCUUCAUCAAUACCAUCACCUCAAGACUCCCUUAAGACGUUUGGAACUCCCACUGGGACCGCGCCCAAUGGAGCGUUUAUUCCUGGUAGUGUGAUUGACUUUCCUUGCAGUCAGUGUAAUUGCACUGGUGGAUCUUUCAAGUGUGUUGAUGCAGCAUGCCCAUAUUUUGACACAUGGUCCCCAUGGACUGAGUGUACCUCAUCUUGCAACGGUGGAAGUCAAAAAAGAAGUAGAACAUGUCUUGGGGAGACGGGGGAGAAAGAUUGUGAUGGACCUGUCAAGGAGGAGAGGAGAUGUAAUAUGGAUCCUUGUCAAGUUGAUUGUCGCUGGUCCACCUGGUCAGCAUGGAGCACCUGUGGAGACACCUGUGACGUCGGUCAUCAGACACGCAAUCGUACUCUCCUCCUACCUGCUCUCUUUGGGGGGCGUCCCUGUCAAGGUCCUCACACUGAGAGACUAUUCUUUAAUACCCAAUCUUGUCAAACCUGCCUUCAAGGAAUGACACGGUCCCCAUGCAGUAAGAAAUGUCCAAGAGAAUGCCGAGAUAUUCAAGGUGGGUUUAAGUGUCUUCUGAAUGAGAGGGAGAAGUGCCAAGUUGGAUGCAGAUGUCCUGAAGGCUUGCUCCUACAGGAUGGGCAAUGUGUGGCGAUCAAAGAUUGCCGCUGUCUUCUUGAUCUGAGAAGCUUUGGCACACUACCCCCUACUAUUCCGAAAUCCAUCACUGAUCGAUUUAACAAUCACACUUUAUCGUACGGUCGCGACCUUGUUCCCAUGCAAGAGUUUCAGAGUGGUGAUGUGAUUUACAGACAGUGUAAUAAAUGCACCUGUGAAGGAGGCAGCUUCAAAUGCACCAAUCAAAUCUGCAGGAAAGACUGUGGAUGGAGCGAGUGGUCUGAUUGGUCAGAAUGCUCAGUGACCUGUGGGUCAGGGGUGAGAAGGUCACGACGGACUCCCAAUAAACCUGAGAAGGCAUAUGGAGGUGCUGAAUGUGAAGGGCCUAUUGAGAAGGAAGAGAAGUGUUACGCUGGAAAUUGCAAAUGUAAAACAAAUGAGAUAUUCAGCCGUACAGCCACAUCAUGCCGUCCAACAUGCCAAAAUAUGGGAACCAGUGAAGACAUAGAUACCAGCUACCAUCAUCCCUCUUGUGGCAAGCCACAUGAAGGUUGCAUUUGCAAAGCAGGAUAUUACCUGAAUAGCAAGGAGGAUUGCAUCUUACCUCAUCAGUGUGAAUGUAAGGAUGAAGAUGGGUUGCUAAGGAGACCAAAUGAACAAUGGAGACCAGAUACUUGUUCCGUCUGUAACUGUAGAAAUGGAGAAGUCAAAUGCAAGAAGGAAUGUAAAGUCACUUCGUGUCCAGAGAACUUUGAACUUAUAAUGGAGCCUGGAAAAUGCUGUCCUGUAUGCAGAGAACGAUAUGAACCUGUCAACACUUGCCAUCUUGAGCUAGUUACCCGAAACAUCAGCAACUCAGCCGGCUGUCGUGUCAAUAACAUCCAGAUCAAUGUCUGCAUCGGGUCUUGUACCCAACCCAAGGAGAUUCUCCUACAUCAUCCUGAGUUCUCAGUCUGUCAAUGUUGUCAGGGUGUCUUUAAGAAAGUCACUGGGAUGAGAGAAGUUGAAGACAGAGAUUUUGGGAUGAUAGAUCUAGUGUGUGAAGAUGGAAGUAUUGUUCAAGCUCCGAUUGCUAAAUAUUCCGGGUGUGCAUGCCAACAACCAUGUGACAAACCAUUUAUAAACAAUGUGUUGCCAUAACAACUGAGACUACAAUUGAUAUCAACAGUGGAAACGGAAAAUGGAAAUUUACAAUGGAAUACGGUGACGGGUUAUCUGUGGAAUUCUGUAACUAUUAUGCUAUUCUUUUAUUUGUUUAAGAAACGUUUCAACUAAUAGCUUGGCUUGCGCAGUUGUACUAACACAUAUUUCUUUAAGCACUUAUUAUUUAUAUCCUAUUUUGGAGUUUUCUUGCAAUGAUGCUGGUAGUGAAAGCUGGGUCUAUCCCAAGAAAAUAGUAAGACCCAAACAUUAUUUAUUUUCACUAUUUAAGAUCUCGGCAAAGACAUUAAACGUCAAAAAAGAUAGCAAAGGGAGUUUAUUGACGAAACGUGAUAUCUUUUAUUACUUUAGUUGUUUGAGAAAUAAUUAAACUAAUAUAGCUUGGCCCAGCUGUACUUGCACAUGUUUCUUGAGCACUUACAUUUAAACUAUUUGGGUUUUCUUGCAAUAAUGCUUGUGGUUGGACCUGCUCUGUGCCCCUCCCCCUUAAAAAAACAUUUAACCCCAAACUUAUUAUUUUCAACUCGACAACGACAUAAAACCUGUAACAAGAUACCAAUGGGAGUUUAUUGACAAAACAUGUUAUAUUUUCGAAGUAGAUCCCAAUUUAGUUCAAACUAUUUGAUCUCUAGAUAAAGGUAACCUCUCUGAAGAAAAUGCUAACUUAUUAUGUUAACAUUUUGUACUCAAGAAAUAAACGUGGAAUUCAAGGAUGAACACAACCAACAUUAAUCUUUGACAAAUUGUAGAUGGUUUGGCGCGUAAAAGAAAGUUGUGUUAUCAAUCAAGCAAUCAAUCAAUAUAUCAAUCAAUCAAUCAAUCGAUCAAUCAAUUAAUCAAUCAAUCAAUUAAUCAAUCAAUUAAUCAAUCAAUCAAUCAAUCAAUCAAUCAGAAAACAUUUAUAAAGCGUCCAAAUCAAUAGCUGAGAAGAAAAUUUCGUUUUAAUUUAAUUUACAAUGCCACUCAUGAUUGUUGUUAUAAAGUUCAAACACUCGGAAUAUCUGUAGCCAUUGCAGGAAAUCUCAUUUUAUUUUGAUUAUUUCAAUAAAAUAAA